AGCUGAACUGCACACUCUGCCAGUCUGAGGAUGGAGGUGACAAUGUUUUUUCCACUGUUGCUGCUGAUCUGCUCUCACUCCACAGCUCAGCCUCAACCAGAGUCUGACAAUGAAAUUACUCCUCUUGGAGAUAACCAGACGAGGCAACCUACAAACGUCUCUCUGCACCACCUCACCUGCCCACAGGACAUCCAUGCCGUGCUGAGAGAGAUGAGCGGCUUGUUGGCUGAGCAGAGGGUGGAGCUGAGACACCUACAGCGAGAGAAUGACGCACUAGCAGCAAAGCUGAAGGAGCUUGAGAAAUUGCAGCGGGAGCUUGACAAAUUGCCGAGGGAGCUUGAGAAAUUGAACCAACAGGACAAAGAACAGGCAGGAGAACUGACGGCCAUUAAAGCAAGGACAAACGUGACCGAAAACCAGGUGGAGGCUCUGAAGGGAGACAAGGAAGUCAAACGCGUGGCCUUCACCGCCGCUCUGUCUUCGAGUCCAACAACUAUCGGACCAUUUAAUACCUUCACUAAUCUGGUCUUCACACAAGUCAUUACAAAUAUUGGAAAUGCCUACAACCCGAACACAGGUUUUUUCAUUGCACCGGUGAAAGGAGUCUACCACUUUGAGUUCUACAUAGGUGCACAUGGACAUCCUUCACAUCCUUCAGCUGCUUGGUUGGUCAGAAAUGGACACAAUAUUUGUAUGGCAUAUGAGCAUCAGACAAACGGUUAUGGGAAGUCUGCUAAUGGCGCAACGCUGCUGUUAGAGGUCGGAGAUGUUUUGUUUUUGCGUCUGCAUGUUAACUCAAGGGUAUAUGAUGAUGGCAGUAACCAUAGCACCUUCAGUGGUCAUCUGCUUUUCACCAUGUGAGGGAAAAAGUCUUGUUUCUUCAACUGUAUGUUACUGUAUUAUCACAAUCUAAAUCUAAAAUGAAUAUAACUGAAUCUUAUAUUUCAAAAUAACCAUUUGAAUAAAGCAUAAAUAUAUUGCAGUGAU